GCAGAUCCAUUGGGGCAAAAAGGGCAACGACGGACAUCAAAAUUUUCUAGGGUUUUGGUAGCUGUUGUUGUUAGCAUCUCUAUAUAUAGGCAGCCAUGGUUUGGUGCAUUCUCACUCCGCAGUAACGCGCAGGUUCUCUAAAACCCUAAUUCAAUAUGCCGAAGCAAAUUCACGAGAUUAAGGACUUCCUUCUCACUGCAAGAAGGAAAGAUGCACGCUCUGUGAAGAUCAAGAGAAGCAAGGAUGUGGUAAAGUUCAAGGUCCGGUGCUCCAAAUAUCUGUACACCCUUUGUGUAUUUGACUCUGAGAAGGCUGACAAGUUGAAGCAAUCUCUUCCUCCAGGUUUGAGCGUGCAAGAUUUGUGAACGAUGAAAGUUUGCCAGGAGUUUAUUAGUUUUUAGGAGAUGAAAAGAAUCACUUUUGUCCCGUUAUAUUUUUGUGAUUGAAAUACUUGUGGAUUUUGAUUUGCUAUUUGAUUAUUGCUUGGAGUUUGAUGAUGGAAUAUAAAACUUUCAUUAUUCUGUUGUUUAAGC